AUGGCGACACCUACUCAGACACUCGAUGGCCCAUUGGGCAACGUCAUCAUUUACGCGUGCCGUGUGAUAGAACCUGGAUCAGUUCAAGGCUUUAGAACUGGGUUUGACAACCUAGGAAUGUUUGCUCUUGGGUUCGUGAUCGGCAUUUGUGGUACCUUCUUCAUUGUGGCACUGCUCUUCGAAAUUCGCGUCAUCUGGUGGAUUCACCGCACCAAACACGGUCCAGACGAUUCAAAGUGGGAAGAUAUCAGCGACUGGAAAGUCAUAGUCAAUGCCGAGGAGGGAAGAGCUUAUGGAAAAUGUGAAUUUGAGACAGAAUGGAUUGACGAGUGA